AUGGAGAUGAAGAUGGCUGUUGGCGUGGCCAACUGGCUCGUCGGUAAGGUGCUCACCAAGCUGUCCGACGGGCUGGUAUCUACCUACAUGGCCAGCUCCGAGCUCGGCAGCAACUUCCUGACCGCCAAGAACCAGCUGAUGUACACACAGGCGCUGUUGUCCGCAUCCGUGGGCAGGGACGUGGGCGACGAUCCUGGCCUGCGCGGACUUCUGGGGACGCUGAGCAACAAGGCCGACGAGGCCGAGGACGUGCUCGAUGAGCUCCACUACUUCAUGAUCCAGGACGAGAUCGAUGGUACCAAGGAGGCUGCUGCGGAGGUGGGCGGCGGAAUCAAGGGUCACUCCAUCCAUGGACGCCAUGUUGCUCGCUACACCCUCGGUAACUGCCUCCCGUGCUUUUCAUCUCCACGCACUCAAGGUGAUGAGCCUCCUGCAGUUGCUGCUGCUGCUGCUGCUACCAACAGUGAAGACAAGCCUGGUACCAGUAAUGAUGAUGGCGAUGUUGAUAUUAAGUUGCCAUUCAACAGAAUAGCCAUGUCCAAGAAAAUCAAGUCCGUAAUAGAGGAGAUGAACUCCAUAUGCAUACUUGUCUCUGACCUGCUCAAAGUCAAAACUGCAAACCAGAGUAGCAUUGCAUUAAGCACACAUGUCACCACUGAAAGGCCUCCCACUGGCUCCAUAGUUCCACAAGAUAGAAAACUGUAUGGAAGGAGUGACAUUUUUGAGCAAACUAUAAAUGCACUCACCAGUGGCACUUACCAUGAUAAAACCCUCUCUGUCCUGCCUUUUGUUGGGCCUGGGGGCAUCGGCAAGACGACCUUCACCCAACACUUGUAUAAUGAUGAAGCGGUCAAGGGACACUUCCCUGUCAGAGUCUGGGUAUGUGUCUCAACUAAUUUUGAUGUGAUUAGGCUCACCCGGGAGAUUCUUGGCUGCAUACCUGUAACUAAUGCUAUCACUAAUGCCAGCACAGUUGAACCAACAAAUUUAGACCAACUUCAAAGAGCCAUUUCAGAGAGACUGGACUCCAAUAGGUUCUUAAUUGUCUUGGAUGAUGUGUGGACAUGCAAGAGUGAGCGUGAUUGGAAAAACCUAUUAGCCCCAUUCACAACAGGGGGAACCAAGGGCAGCAUGGUUCUUGUCACAACUCGAUUGCCAGCUGUAGCACACAUGGUCAAAACAACUGAUCCAAUAGAACUGCAUGGUUUAGAGCCUGAUGCCUUCUUUGCACUGUUUGAAGCAUGUAUAUUUGGUCGUAACAAACCCAGGAUUUAUGAUGAUGACUUAGUAAAUGUUGCAAGAGAUAUUGCAAAGAAACUGAAGGGUUCGCCACUUGCAGCAAAUACAGUUGGUCGGUUGUUGAAGAAAAACAUGUCUUGGGAAUAUUGGAUGGGAAUUCUUGAAAAGAAUGAAUGGCAAAGUGCAAAAAAUGAUGAUGAUAUUUUGCCGUCUCUGCAAAUCAGCUAUAAUUACCUUCCUUUUCAUCUGCAGAAAUACUUCUUUUAUUGUGCCCUCUUCCCAGAAGAUUACAGGUUUUAUGAUUUGAAAAAAAUCACUAAUUUCUGGAUUGCAAUGGGUAUUGUAGACCCAAAUUGCCAAAACGACAAGAAUUACUUAGACGAACUAGUGGACAAUGGUUUUCUCAUAAAGGAUAGUGAUAGUGAUGGUGAUGAAUACUACGUGAUGCAUGAUUUAUUGCAUGAACUAUCUCGGAAUGUUUCAUCACAAGAGUGUGUGAAUAUAAGUAGUUUAAGUUUUAGAGUCAGUGACAUCCCACAAUCUAUUCGGCACUUAUCAAUCACUAUAGAAGAUAAAUAUGAUGAAAGUUUUUGUCAAGAAAUAUGUAAACUGAAGAGUGUAAUAGACAUUGGAAAUUUGCGUACUUUGAUGGUUUUUCAAUUAUAUGAUUCAGAAAGAGGUUAUAUUCUGAGAGAUGCAUUUGAAGGAAUAAAGAGUCUCCGGGUUCUAUUUAUAGCUAGCCUUCCAGAAUAUUUGCCAGAAAGUUUUUCCAAUCUUAUCCACCUCCAAUACCUUGAACUCAUAGUGCCUCUUGGUGAGAGAGAUAAUAAGCAUUCACCUAGGACAUUACCAAGAUUUUACCACUUGAGAUUCUUGGACCUCUUUGAUUGGCACGAUCAUAUAAUUUUCUUUCCUAAAAGCAUUAGCCGCCUCGUGAGCUUACGCCAUAUUUAUUCUUCCAAAGAAUUCCAUUCCCGUAUCCCUGAGAUCGGAAAGAUGAAGUGGUUACAGGAGCUAAGAGAAUUUCGUGUUAAGAAGGAAAGUGUUGGAUUUGAACUGAGCCAGCUGGGGGAAUUGACAGAGCUUGUUGGGCAGCUUGCUAUAUAUAAUCUUGAAACCGUGGCAUCCAAAGGAGAAGCUAAUGAUGCUAAACUGAAGGAUAAAAGAAAUCUGAAAGAAUUGAAAUUAAUUUGGGGUGCAGGGCAACAGAUUACAGAUGGUGAUGUUCUCGAGGGUCUUCAACCACCCCCAAAUCUUAGAGAGCUUGGCAUUACAAAUUAUGGUUUUGCCGUUGGUCCUAGCUGGUUGUGCAGUGACAUUAGCAUAAAAAGGCUGGAGUCUCUACAUCUGAAUGGUAUAUCUUGGGACACUCUUCCACCUUUUGAGCAGUUACCACAGCUCACCAACCUCAAACUGGAGAAUAUUGCUGGGAUGCAUGUGUUUGGACCAGGAUUUGGUGGUCUUACAGAGAGAAGUUUUAUGUACCUGAAAACAGUUAAGAUUGAGAAUAUGCCAGAACUUGGGGAAUGGGUCGGGGGGGACAAUAGCCCUUUGUUUUCAAGGCUUGAAAGCAUUGUAUGCCACUAUUGCCCCCGUCUGUCCUCGUUUUCCUUCUUGGAAUGUUGUACCAACCUUUGUCGACUUGAUAUUAUUAAUUGCCCAAAGUUGUCUCAGAUACCCCCUCUGCCUCAAACUUCUACACUGACAGAGUUAUGUGUGGGAUAUGGGUUUCAGGCAAGUUUGUCGUAUGAUGGAAAGUAUUUGUCUGCUGAUGGGUAUAAGGGUGCUUUGGCCUUCCAAAAUAUGGAUAGAGUGGAGGUCAUAAGAAUUUUUAGUUCACCACAUGUCUCAUUGUCAGUGUCAGACCUCCAAAGGAUGAAAUCCCUGAGAGAACUAGUUGCCAUAGGCUGCGCCAGCAUAUUCUCCGCAGAAUGGUUCGAUGCAGUCGUCCUAAAGGAAUUGGCAGCUCAUGAUAAAUCUUUGGACGAAGAAAAUAUCUCUGUAGCAGCAGGUCUGAUCCCGGAGGUGGCAAUUAGCAAAUCAUCGCAUCCAGGUUCAUUCCGACUGGAAUACAUGGAGGUGACUAGCAUCUCGGCAGUGCUUAUUGCUCCUAUUUGCAGACGCCUGGCCGCUACCCUUCACACAUUAAGGUUCUAUUAUGAUGAGGUGACUGAAACCGUCACGGAAGAGCAAGAAGAAGCGCUUCAUCUUCUCACCUGCCUCCAAAGUCUAUAUUUCACAUGCUGCAAACUGCGAUCUCUCCCUCGGCUAUAUGGCCUUUCUUCUCUCAGGAAACUUUCGAUCGCAGACUGUGAUGGAAUCCAAUCACUGCCGCCCAAGGAGGACUUCCCCACUUCACUGCUAAUACUAGACGUAAGUGAUUGCUGCAGCCGUGAAAUAAAAGAGGAAGCCGAGAAAUUAAAAGAAGCAAACCCUUGUUUAUCUGUUGAGGUAAGUAACACUCACUUUUUGAAACCUAGCUAG